AUGUUUUACGAACCUCCGCCUGAUUAUGUAAGUUUUUUUUUGAAAGAGGGAGAAAAAAGUUUUUAAAAAGUUUUCAACUUUAAAUAUUUGCUCAGUGUUCAGUUUUUUUGGAGAAAAAAGAAGACAACUAGUUUUUUGUUGCAACAAAAAUCAAAUAAUUAAAAAAUUAUAGAAAUAAUUUUUUGCUCCCAAAGAUCCCUUUUUUCGUUUUGAAUUUUGAUUUUACAAUUAUUACAGUACUCACAGAAUAAUAGGAUUACUGUAGCUUGAAUUUUUUGCCAUAAAAACUUCUUGAAAAAAUGUAUGCUCCUUUAAACUUUGAGCUUCUGUACAGUACUUACAGUAUUCCAGAAUUACUGUAUUGCAUAUAGUUCUAUGCAAAACCCCUUAGGGUUACUGUUGUUUGCGAAUUUCAGCACCAAAAUUAAAUUUCCAAAAAAUGUUCUAGAAAUUUCCAAGGGCCUAGUAAAAUGUCUACGCCAAAACAUCCUGAAUUCUUCUCACCCCUGUCCAAUUAUCUCGUUCUCGAUGUUUUUUUUCUGUUUUUUUUCCCGCGCGCCUCACUUUCUUUUCCCAUUCAUUUUGCAUAUAGUUUUUCUGUAUUAUUAUUUAAAAGAAGAAGAAGAAAGUCGCGCUGCUAAUUGGAUGGAAAAAGUACGAGAACAAGAAUUUACAUACACACACACACAUAUUAUUAUAUUUGAAUCAUUCAUUUAUUUAUUUAUUUAUACCAGAGAAAUCUCGAUUUCAUUUUUCGGUUUUGUUUUUUCCGAAAUUACCUGCGAUUUCUUCUUGGUUUAUCCAAAAAGUUUCGUGUUCCAAAUUUUUUCUGAAUCAAAACCACUUAAACAUUUCACAUUUCAUGCGAUAAUAAUACGUUCUUGUCAAUUGAAUUCACCUUGAAGCUUGUCUUUUCAAAAAAAAAAAUUGAAUUGCAAAACGCGGCCUCGAACCAGCGUCUCUCGCCUAGAAUUCUCGCGUGUUAACCACUUGCACACGCGUGCUCAAAGUGACGUCUACUGAAAUUUUAUGAAAAAAAGCGCUGAUGUUUUUUGUUGUUUCGCUGUGUUGAAUCAAAAUAUGAAGUGAUUUUUGGCGGUAUUGUUGUACAAACAAAUGGACAUCCUUUUCGUCUUAACGUCUUAUUAUCAUUAUUAUUUUCCCGUCCUUGUUUCUUUUGUACUAUUUAUUUGUGAAAAUUUGAAGGAGGAAUUUUUUUCAAAGCAUCUAUCUAGAACUCUUCCUUUUUUCCAGCCAGCCUUCAGCAGGUGAGCAAAUAUUUAUUUGACUUUGACAUUGAGAGAGGUAAAAAUAGCGAGAUCAUCAUUUUUCGCAUGAUUUUUACACCACAAAUGAUCCUUUCUUUAACACAAAAAAAAUCUUAAGAUAUCUAUCUUACUUUUCUUCCCAAAAAAAAUGACAUUUUUAUUCGUAAAAAAACUUUUUUAUUGCUUAUGAUAUAUUAUGAAUCAUUUCUUUUUAUUGGAUAGUUUUUGUUGUAGUUUUCUUGAUUAUUUUGUUGUUGUUGUUAUACAAUUAUCAGGUUUUUGACGCGUUUGCGUAAAUUUAGUAUUGAUUUUUUCGGGACCCAAUGCGCCUUUAACAAUUUCACGCUUCAUUCUAGUUUUGAUUAUUCCCAAGUAAUGCAUUUCUAAAUUUCACCUGUUCUCUUAAUUUCUCAUCAAAUAUCAAAUUCUCUGCAAAAACUUCAGUAUUCGUCUCAUUUUUUAAAUAAAAAUGGAAGUACUUGAAUCAGUCCAUGAAAUAUCAAUCUAUAUUCUUUCAAUUCUCUCGAAUUUAUCAUUUUUUCUCUUUUUGAUCUACAAAUAUCGUCUCAAUGAUGAAAAUAAAUCACAAGAUUGGUGUAUUUUUAAUGGUUUAUAUUGGAUAUCUUUUCUUAUUUUUUUCUUGAAUACCUUCGAUUGCAUUAUUAGACUGUAAGAUUUUUGAGAUUGGGACCACACCCAAACAGUGUGAUUUACCAGACAAAACUUCUCCGGAUUGGAAGAAGAAUUUAGGAAUAAACAUUUUUGAUCGACCUCUAAUAGUGUACAAAAGUUGGAUAAGACUUGGGGAAAUAAAUUACACACGGUAACACCCUUUUCAAUAAAUUUUCAGAUUUUCUUUGAAGUUCGAAACUGCAAUAAUUUUCAUCCAAUUCUUUUUGAUUUCUCCAGUCAUAUUUUUUGUUGUGACAUGGCUUUUGACACUUUUAGCAAUUCAAAGAUUCACAAUUCUUUAUUUCAAAUCGAAAAUGAGAUUUAUGAGUGGAAAUUAUUUGAAAACUUAUAUCUCAAUUUUAUCCAUUUUAUUUAUACAUUUCAUAUAUAUUCGAAUAUAUCAAUGUCCUCUUUUCAUGAAUUUUAUAAGUUUUUAUGAAUGUAUGGAUUCUGACCCAAAAGUUCGAAAUUACUACGAAAAUUUGCUAUGUUUUUAUUACAUUUUCUGCGCAAUUUUGAUUUUUAUAACUUCUUUGAUUUAUUUGCAUAUUUAUCGAAUUCUGAGGAAAAAUAAUGAGAAUGUUGUAUUUUUUGUUUAUCAGAUUUUACCUAUUUCAAUUCAUCAGAUUGUAAGUUGAACUUUCAAAUUAUUUUUAAGUGGGAAUUUUCGAGAAAAACUACACUUAAUUUGUUAAAAUUGAUAAUUUUCACAUUCGAAAUUUUGCAGUUUUAUAUAAUCCAAACUCUAAUAUUGCUCAUACUAGACAAGCUAAACAUAUACAAAGAACCAUGGUUCAAUCAUUAUUCCACAUUUACUUUUUAUAUUUCACUUCCCCUUGUUAUCUCACUGUCUUUUAUUGCGUCAAAACAAAACUUGCGAUAUUUUAUAAUUCAAGUUCUAUUUCCGCUCAUAUUUUUUGGCGCGAUAACAAAUAAUGAAAAUAGUGUUGAUGGUCUGGUCUCUUUUGAAAAAAAAACUUUUUGAAAAUAAAAAAUUGAAACAUGUAUUUUUGCAGCCUAUGGUAGAAGACCGAUGGCCUAAUAACAAAUCAAUCGAAUAUUAUACACCAAGGUAAGUUCGUUUGAACGGAAUUUUUUUUUACAAAAAAAAUGUACUUUUCAGAAAUCACUAUUAUCAUCAACAACAAGUCCAUCUAUCAAGGUACAAUUUUUUUUCAAAAAAAAAAUUCAGUACAAAAAAUAAUUGGAUAUUUUUUCAGCCAAUAUCAAAAUUCAGCAACAAUGCUCAGAACUCGACAUGUUCCAGAGGUAAGAUUUUUUUUGGGAAACAUUUUUAAAUUGGAUAACGCUUCUAGGAACUGUAAUUUGGGCAAUAAAAAUGCUAUUCAAAAAUGAAUUUUGAGUUAGAGUUUUUCUUGUCCCAAAAAAUCAGAUGUCGAACCGGUUUUUUUUGCCUCAAUCUUGAGAAAAAACGAAAGUUUUUUGUUGUUUUACAUAAAGAAUACAAAAAGAAGAAUAGCGCAAAAAAGUGUUCUUCAUCGAGAUUUUUUUUGGUUUUUUUUUGCAGUGAUUUUUUGGCGCCAGAAAUUCUAUUUUUCGGAAACUUUUUUAAAAUUGCCACGUCAUAGAGCUGUUUAGAAUCGAAAUUCUGAGUUCAAAAUAAAUUAAAUUCUGUAACUCAAGAAAAAAACUGCUAAGAAUUCAAAUUUCAAUUUUUAAACGUUUCUGAAGUUUUAAUUUCUAAAUUUAUGCCAAUUAUUAGAAAAUAUUUAGGAAAAAGUUAUUUUAAACAAUUUCUGUACAGAUUUCAAAUGGAAAAUUAAUUUUUCUAACCCAAAAAGUUUCAGCCAAAUCCAAUUCCCCUACCCCCCUCCAAAAAAAGCCCAAAACCAAUUUCCAUAAAUUAUAAUAUAUUUAUGUUUAUGUAAAUCAAUAGAAAUCUCUCAUCAAGUUUUUCGAUCACAUAAAAAUUUUAUAAAAUCCUUGCAUUUUCCCGGAUUUUAUCUAUCUCUUUGUUAGUUUUGUUUUCAAAAAAAUAACUAGAACUUUUCUUCUAAUCUGAGCAAUGUUUUCUAUAUUUUUUAUGUGAUUGGAGGUUAUGAGGAGAAAUUCCGUAAUUUUUAGAAAAUAACCUGAGCAAUUAGCAGUCUAUACAUGUUCCUUUAAAGGCCCCUUUGAAGUUCUAAUGUGAGCAAUAUUAUAGUUUUUUGUCCUAAAACAUUUUUUUCUUUUUUCUAGAUCGCUGGAAUUUAUCAAAGCGAAGAGCAACCAUCUUUACGUAGAUUCACCCGAUAUAAUCAAUCGAUAAAAAUGAUGCCAUCCCAAAUUCCCGAAGUUAUGCAAAGUCCAAAAUCGAUGUUUACAAAAAACUCUUCCUCGACCUCAAAAAAACCAUUGUUCUCAAUGGGAAAUUGGACAUUUCGAGACAAAAAUAAGAAAUCGGCGAGGCAAAAUAUAUCCGAAUCACAUGUUUUCAACAACAACUCUUCGAGACCACAAAGUAUGAAUCUGUCAAAUUUGCCCGAUAUUUUUCGACGAAGUAAAUCGGGAGAUGCGAUAAGUCAGAAUCGAACUUCAAUUAUUAUUGGAGAUUUUCCACGUGGAGAAACUAGAGUUCCGAUAAAAGUUGAACGAAGUCCAAGAAAUGAUUUUCGAAGUUUGUUUUUUUUGUCCAGACUAAAAAUGCCACGUCAUAACCUGAAAUUCUUCAAAUUUCAGCAAAUAUAACUGUGGAAGAUACCUCAACUUCUUCUUCUUCUUCCACAAAAACUCAUGAAAACCUUCCAAUUCUUCGACCGAAGAAAGAUGAACAAAAUAAUAAUUAUAGUUUCCAGUCUUGGUGAGGUUUUUUUCUAAAAACAUUCAAAAACUUUGAAAAUUUAGCGCUCAACUUCGAAAAUCGUGUCCAGAUCUGGAAAAUGCGCAAAACGUUUUCAAUUCAUCUCGAAUAUCAACGAAGAAGCGAAAAACGAGGAGAUCACAUGAAAAAGCACAAUUGGCGGCUUGGAAAAGGAAAUAUUUGAAAGGUAGAGAUUUUUGGGGCACUGCACCUACAGUACUCCAGGUUACUGUAGCUUUUGAGCCGAGUGAGUGUAUGCUCCUUUGAACUCUGAAAUGAGCAAAGGUUCUGUAUCAACAGUAUUCUAGAUUACUGUAGUUUUCGAACGGCAGUUUUUCAAUAUUUUUAGAAAUGAAAAACUCCGAUCAGAACUCACAAAUAUUUCAAUUUUUUGCAGAUUGGACCCUUGAUGAUGUUCUUCUUUGGUUACAAUCUCAUAAAAUGGAUGAAAUCGCAUCGCUUUUAAUCGGUUAUGAUUUGAGCGGAAAAGAUUUGUUAGAAUGGAAUGAUAACACAUUGAUUCAAUUAGGAGUUGGAGAUGAUGAAAUGCGACAAAAACUAUUAGAAGAACUCGAGAAAAUCAAGAAAAAUGGACCGGAAAAAGAGGGAAGAACACUUUUUGAUUUGGUGAAACAAACAAGUUAUGAUCAAGUUUUGGCAGUUGAAACACCAUUAACAACUAGAGAUAUUACUGUAACACAUGGAAGAUUGGGAUGUUUGCAGAUUACUAAAGUGAAUGGAGCAAAUUUGCCGUUGAGGGAACAUGAUUGGUAAGUUAAAAGCUUGAAAUUUACUGGCGAAAAUUCCUAAUUUUGUUUAUUUUUUACGUGGAAAAGUUUUUGAAAUAUUUGUUUUUUCAGUCUUCUCGAAAUAAACGAGCGAUCUGGCGAACAUUUCAAAUCAGCUUUAAUGCUUACAAAACUCAUCUCCGACUCUUCUGGUUCUCCAAUUCGAUUUGUUGUUCUCCGCCGAAAAAUUGACAAUUCCGAGUUCUCGAAUAAUUCUGAAACUGUGGAAAAGGAGACACUUUCAAGCAGUGGAAUAUCAUCCAGUCCACCGACUCCCAAAUAA